AUGGCUGCUCCGCUGACAGAGCCGGCGGACGGCCGUGUGCGGGUGCUGGCACUAUCUGGGAACAUUGUCGCCGAGAUCUCCUGCACGACUUAUCCGAAGGAGUGUUUCCUUCACAACCUGACCGAGCAGGUCGCUGCCCAGCUCCAAUGGCCCUGCGCUCGCUUGGAGCUCCUCUUGGAGGGCCGCGCGGCCACCGAGGAAGACUUCACGUCUGGAGGGGAUCGCGACCUCCAGGUGAUUCGCAAGCCUUUGCUGACAACGUAUUCUCGUGACAUCCUCUUCGCCAUCCGCACCGGCAGAGUCCAGUUCCUGAAGGAGAGGUUGGCUGCGGGCCAAGAUCCCAACAGCCAGCUCGCCUGGGAAGCUUUGCCGCUGCACGAGGCGGUGUCCAGGCAGCAGUCUGAUGCGGUGGAGCUUCUACUGGCUGCCCGUGCAGACACUGGGCUGUUGGAUCUGGAGGGCCAAACGACCUUGAACCUUGCGGUCGAGGGCGGGGCCGUGGAGCUCAUAGAUCAGCUGCUAGCUGCGAGAGCUGACAUCAACAAGGCAGACAAGUGGGAGCGCAGCCCUCUGAAUAUGGUGGCCUCCACACGCGAUCGCGAGAUGCUUCUUCGACUGCUGGAGGCCCAGGCCAACGUGGACCAACCGGAUGCCAAGGGCGAUACACCUCUGCACAAAGCCGUCUCACUGUGCCAGGUGGCAAUGGUCGAGGAACUUCUGCGGGCUCGGGCCAAUGUGAACCGCACCAAUCGGCGAGAUCAGACCCCCCUGGAUGCUGCGAUCGUGGUCGCCGGCACUCAUGCAGCACAGGUGGUGCGGAUACUGGUCCGGGGCGGAGGCGACAAGGAUCGAAUGAAUGGUUCUGGCGAUACCCCGCUGAUCGCAGCGAUCCGCCACAAGUCCCUCGCUCCCCUGUGCGCCCUUAUCGAUUGCAGUGCCGACUUAGAAAAAACUGAUCGGGACGGCGCGACGCCUCUUUAUGCAGCAGCCUGGGUGGGCUUCUCCGGCGCUUUGACACUCCUGGCCGGUGCAGUGGAGGUAGACAAGGUCAAUGACUGCGGAGACACGGCGCUUCACGCUGCUGCCUGGCAAGGGCAUGUAGAUGCUGUGGAGCAGCUUGUGGUGGCCCGUGCCAUCAUCAGCGCCCCGUCAUAA